AACACCCAACGAAGAAUUAAAAUUAAAAGAAAAUGGAAAAGAAAAAUAUGGCGAAAGCUUCAGAGUUGAGAGAGUUCAAUGCUGACUUCUUUUUAUAUGUCUUUUCCAUUUAGUAUUUGGCGCUUCCUUCAGCCGCCCUUCCUUGCGAGAACCCCAUUUGUGCGAUUUUUUUAUAAUUUUUUUUCCCACUACUAUACCCGUUCGAUUCUUCCCAAUCCCAGAUUCUACACCCAAAUCCCCAAAACCCCUUGUAAGUUUAUGGUCUUCCUCACUUGUUUGCGUCUUCUCUGAGUCAAUUCCCACUUCCAAUGGCUUCCCAGCAGCAGUUAUCCGCCAUUAAGGGCGCUAAAGUGCUGAUGGUUGGUGCGGGGGGGAUCGGCUGCGAGCUUCUCAAGACUUUGGCUCUCUCGGGGUUUCAGGACAUUCAUAUUAUUGACAUGGACACCAUAGAAGUGAGCAACUUAAACCGACAAUUUUUAUUCAGAAAAUCCCAUGUAGGGCUAUCAAAGGCUAAGGUUGCUCGGGAUGCUGUCUUAAGAUUCAGACCUCAUGUUAGCAUUACCUCAUAUCAUGCAAAUGUCAAGAAUCAAGAAUUUAAUGUAGAUUUUUUUAAGCAAUUUAGUGUUGUUUUGAAUGGACUCGACAACUUAGAUGCAAGGCGUCAUGUGAAUCGUUUGUGCUUGGCAGCUGAUGUUCCCUUAGUUGAAAGUGGAACCACUGGAUUCCUUGGACAGGUCACAGUCCAUGUCAAGGGAAAAACAGAAUGCUACGAGUGCCAGCCAAAACCGGCCCCAAAAACAUAUCCUGUCUGUACCAUUACUAGUACUCCGUCAAAGUUUGUUCACUGCAUCGUUUGGGCGAAAGAUCUACUUUUUGCGAAGUUAUUUGGAGAUAAGAAUCAAGAAAAUGAUCUAAAUGUGCGUUCAAGUGAUCCUGCAAGUUCAUCAGAUCAUGCUGAAGAUAUAUUUGAACUUAGCAAGGACGAAACUAUUGAGCACUAUGGAAGAAGAGUAUUUGAUCAUGUAUUUGGGUACAAUAUUGAAGUAGCUUUAUCUAAUGAAGACACUUGGAAAAAUCGCAAUAAACCUAGGCCUAUUUAUAGUAGGGAUAUCUUUCCUGACGAACCAACUAAACAGAAUGGAAAUGCAGACAAAAACUGUGCAACUGAUGGCCAAUCCUCAAUUUCUGCUAUGACAUCUCUAGGCAUAAAAAAUCCCCAGGAGAUAUGGAGUCUUAUGGAAAACUCCAGAAUCUUCGUUGAGGCUCUUAAACUUUUUUUCACGAAAAGGGAAAAGGAUGUUGGGAACUUGGCUUUUGAUAAAGAUGAUCAGUUAGCUGUGGAAUUUGUCACUGCUGCUGCAAACAUUAGAGCUGAAUCUUUUGGUAUUCCAAUGCAUAGCCUUUUUGAAUCUAAAGGCAUUGCCGGUAACAUUGUUCAUGCCGUUGCAACAACCAAUGCAAUAAUUGCUGGGUUGAUUGUGAUUGAGGCAAUUAAGGUGCUGCAAAAUGAUGCAAACAAUUACAGGAUGACAUAUUGUCUUGAACAUCCUUCAAGGAAGAUGCUUCUAAUGCCAGUGGAACCUUUUGAGCCUAAUAAAUCCUGCUAUGUUUGCUCUGAGACACCGCUAUCACUCGAGAUAAAUACGCAUCGUGCAAAGCUGCGAGAUUUUGUUGAGAAGAUAGUCAAGGCCAAGCUUGGGAUGAACUUUCCACUUAUUAUGCAUGGAGCUGCCCUUCUUUAUGAAGUUGGCGAUGAUCUUGAUGAGGACAUGGUGGCAAACUAUACUGCAAACCUUGAGAAGGUACUGUCGGAACUUCCUUCACCUGUUGUUAGUGGGACUAUAUUAUCGGUUGAGGAUCUCCAACAAGAGCUUAGCUGCAGUAUCAACAUCAAACAUAGAGAUGAAUUUGAUGAGGAGAAGGAACCAGAUGGUAUGGUUCUAUCUGGAUGGCAGCAGACUUCACUGGAAAAGGGUGAUACCAGCAAUACUUUGGGCAAUGGAGAAAGCACCUCAAAAUCGUUGUCCUCUGCGAUGGAUGCUGAUAAGAAUGACGACUCAGACAUUGUUGCAUCUGGAAGAAAAAGAAAACUGGAUGAGGCAUCUUCGGCUGUCGAUAUAUCAAUUGAAGCUAAUAGCUCGAAGAAACCUGAAGUGCUUGAUGACGACGACGACGACGACCUUGUCAUGCUUGAUGAUGGGGACUCAGCUAUCAACAAGAAGAAAAGAUUGCAAUAAUUGCUUCUUGGAUUUAACGGAGGAAUGCUAACCUAAUUUUGUUCUGUUAGGAAGAAAUGGUGAUUCUUUAGGUGCUUCAUAAUUUUUCUUAGAUCUUAUGUGUAAUCCUUUUUGGAGUUAGGCGCAUCAAUUGGUCUCUCCUUGCCCCAUCUUGUGAGUUCAGAUGUAGCAGAAUGUUGUUAUAUUUCCAAGCAUCAAAUUUAGAAGCUAGAGUGAUUGUAACACUAAACAGAAGUCUCAACCUUUUGGAAACUUAUACUAUCUUAUGACAGUAAUCAAUCAAAAAUAUAUUUUCAACAA